AUGUCCAAUUCUCUAAAACAAUCUGUACCUUUGGCUGCUAGUAAUCAAAAAGGCUAUAAUCCAAUUCUAAAAUACGAGGACAUCAGAAUAGGUCCUUCAAUUGCACCUUCGAAUUCUCAAUAAAUAAAAGACAAACCUUACUUUUAGCAUCAAGAUAAAAAGUUAAGUCAAUCCUAAGUUCAAAAAUAAAAAGGACAGCAAGAAUCAGUAAUUGUUUAGCAUAUUCGGAUUAUUUUUAUGUUUUAUGUGUAAUUUGGCAAUAAAACAAGCAUUUAAUAUUUAAAAUCAAGCAAAUUUAUAAAAGCAAUGGCAGAUGCUGAAAUAAUUACACAGGAAAUAACUAGCAAAGAUCUUGAUAUUUUGUAUUUCUAAACAACAAAAAAUACAGAAACCCUAACUUUAGACCAAUUCAAAGAUUUACUUUUAAAAAUAGCAACUAAAUUAUAUAGGAUUCCUGAACAAUCAAAGUCUUUUGUUUUACUUUAUAAAAAUCAUUUAUCAAAGUUAUAUGAAAAAAUAAACGAUCAAACAGAUUUUGGUUAAGAUUUAAAGAGAAUUGAAGCAUGUCGUAGUUUAAUAGAUGAAUAAUUUUUGGAAAUCAUUUCUCAAGUAUAAGGAUUAUUGAGUAAAAUACAUGGGUUCAUAUUUCAAGAUUAAAGUUAAAAGAUUUCUUAAAUUUAGAGUUAAUACAUGCAUUUUUUAUAAUAAUUUGACAUAAUUCCUUUAAUUAUUACACAGACUAAGGGUUAAAUGAUAUUUUUUGAUUUGUUUCAUCGGGAUUCAAUCUUAAAUUUAAAGAAUGAUGGGAAGUAUUUAUUUAAUUUUUCUAAAUUUGUCGAAAGCUUACUCAUUAUCUCUUUUCAUUAAAUUUAAGAAGACAACUAAAAUGGAUUGGAUUUGUUUUAUUAAUUACUUGAGAAAUUGGAGAACUCUUCAGGAUUUCAAAAUUUUUCAAAAUAGAAUAAUUAAACAAAGAAUGAAUAAACUCAAUUAGUAAUGGCAUUGAGCAGAGUAAAUUCUGUAAAGUAGAGUAGAGUCUCUACAGUUUAUCAAGGUUAAUAAUAAUAGUAAAAUUCAAAUCUAAAAUAAUCCUAAUAAAUAGUUGAGGAAAGUAAAUAAUUAUAAUAUGGUUCAUAAAUACCUUAUGAAAAAGAGUUAAGAAAUGUAUUCGAAUAUUAUUCAUAAAUAGGAGAACCUCUAAAUCUAGUAAAUUUAAAAAGCAUAAAAUAUAAAAAGCUACUCUAAAAUUGUGGUAUAAUUGGAACUUUGAUCACUCAAGUGGAUGCAGAUAUGUUUUAUAUUUAAUCAACACCUAAAAAGAGAUUGGAUUCAACUAAAACUCCAAAAUUUAAAGUUAAUAAAUUGUAUGACAAUGAUAAUUAAAAUGGUAAAAUGGAUUUUAUAAACUUCUUUAACUCUUUAUAGUUGAUAGCAGAAAAGUUCAAUGGUAAUGAUAUUGCAGGAUUGAUUGAGCAAUAUUUUAUACCCCAUGAAAAUUAGUUAAGAAUAGAAAAGCAAGAGCAUAUUUUACAGAUUUUGAUGUUGAUUUUAGAUGAUCCAAAAAUAAUUAGACUGUAUGAAAUCAUGCAGGAGCAUUUUGAACCAUACUAUAAUCAUUAUACAAAAGAUUUAAUGACCCUAUCAGGCUUUAUGAAAUUUUGUUAAGAUUUCGAAUUGGCAAAUUCAAUGGUAUCUAAAGGAUAGCUUAUGCAUGUUUUCAAAGCAAUUGCAUCUCUAAAUAACACUGAUACAAUUGAUAAACACUAGUUUGUUGAAGCCAUAAGUGUAAUUGCUAUUUUAAUCUACAAUAAUGUGAAUGAUAAUGAACAGAAAAUUAUCUAUUUGUUGGAAAGAAUAACUUAAAGUGAUGGUGCAGUGAAGGUAUCUAAACAAUUAGGAAUUAUGAAAAACCCAUAAAAUACGAAUUUAAUUUAAUUGUUUCGUUAUCAAUCUUAUAAGGAGAUAACAAACAAAGAAGAAGUAAACUUUAACAACAUAGUAAACUAAAUAUAAGAUGAUUUUUGA